AUGGCGCAUACAACAGCAUCUUCACAGAUUCCGCAACAUGUCACCUCUCUCCUUUCGCAUCUAACAUCGCGCCCCGGAGUCCAGUCCACCUUCAUCCUGUCCCGCAAAGAUGGGUCCAUAAUUCAGAGCACGGGACUGCUAGCGACGAAACCCGCGGGCAACAGCAGUCCAAAUGUCUCGCAGACCGAUUCAACUGUCGAGGAAGAGUCGGAAGCUACUAUGACGCCCGCAGAACCCUCCACCCCUCCAACACCGUCUAGCGCAACAACUCCUAACCGUCAAACCUCCUAUCAACCGUCCCAGGGGGAAGCGCUAGCAGCUCGCAUCUUUGCUUUUGUUUCCAGCGCUUCGGAUCUAACUUUGUCGCUCUCGCGACCCCUGAAUGAAAACGCCCACGGCUCCAAAACCGAUUCGAGCGGCUUGCAAGAAGGGUUGGGCAAUGGAACAUCGCGGGACGAUGGAGACGGAGAGGCAUCGGAGAGAGAGGACGACGAUGAGGUCAAGCUCCUCCGGCUGAGGACUAAAAAGCAUGAGAUUGUCGUUGUUCCGGAUAAGAAGUAUCUGCUCUGUGUGGUACAUGAUGCGGCGCACCCUGCGGGAAACACGAGUGCAGGUUUGCGCUCGAGUAUUACAUCUUACCUCACAAACACCAAUGUUCAACUGGGGGCAACAUACAAGACCUCCAAGCUAUCCACCGCUGGGUUUGCAAAUGGAUACGAAGCAGCGGCGAAGUUCAUCAAUGCAAAGCCCGAAGAAAUCUGUCUUGGUGUGUCAACCACGCAACUACUACACAAUCUCUCCACGGCAUUGAAGUUUCAGCCAGGUGAUGAGCUCAUUCUUUCCAAAUUGAACCACGAGGCCAAUUCCGCCGCCUGGGUCAGAAUUGCAGAACGACUAGGCUUAGAGGUGAAAUGGUGGUCCGCUUCCAACCCUCAGAAUCCUGUCUGUGAUCCGAACGACUUGAAGCGGUUAAUCUCGGAGAAGACGAGACUAGUAGCUUGCCCGCAUGCAUCGAAUAUCCUCGGAUCUAUUGUGGAUGUCAAGGAAAUUGCGAAGAUCGUGCAUCAAUCUCCUCGGGCCUUCUCAUGGUACAAGGUCUACGGGCCCCACAUCGCACAGUUGUAUGCCUCAUCACGCAUCCACGAUCAGAUCGACCCCCUGGGACAUUUCUUCAAAGGCACCGAAACCCUCGACUUGAAGCUUAACCUGGCAUCCGCCAAUUAUGAGCAUGUUCAGAGCAUUCCACGAGUCGUCGAAUACUUCGAGCCUGAUGUGUCUACAUCGUGGGAAAAGAUCGCCGCUCAAGAGGAAAGGUUGCAGCAGAUCAUCUUGGACUUCCUCAACGGUAACGAUCGGGUCACUGUCUACGGAGAGCGCUCUGCGGAUAGAAACCUCCGGGUCCCCGUGAUUAGUUUCACCGUGCGGGGUACGAAAAGCCAAAAAUUAGUAGAGGAGGUUGAAAAGCGAUCUGCGUAUGGGUUCCGAAGUGGCCAUAUGUACAGUCAUAGAUUGAUCAAAGACAUCAUUGGUUUGGAAGACGUCGAGGAUGGGGUGGUGCGGAUCAGUAUGUUGCACUAUAACACCGAGGAAGAGAUGACUGGUUUGGUCAAGGUUUUGGAGGAGGUUAUUGCGAUCUUGUAG